AUUUUUUUGGUGAGGGGUUCUGUAUGUAAUGAUAGAUUUGGAAAUGUUAUUUGCACAUGUAUCAUCUAUAACAAAUUGCUUAUUUUCUCAGGGAAGGAGAUGGUAGGAAAAGAGUUAGCAAAAGAAUUUGGUACUCAAAAUUUAAAAAAAUUAACGUUAAGAUUUUGCAAGGGUGAAUGUUGAAAACUAUCUUUGCAUGUAUUUCGAAAAUAAAAAACCAUUAUCAAAAUUUAAAAAAAAAAGAAUAAAUGCUAAAAUUUGUUUUUACACAUAAUUGUGGGAAAAAAUCAUUUUCUAAGUGUAACGGGAGCAACGAUUGAACAUCGAUUCCUAAACUCAACCCACAGCCCUUAACGCAGGGCACUUUAGUAGAUCACAUCUAUGGAUUCAGCCCGACUCGGAGAUAGAGGAUGUAGAACCCGCGGUACGCUGGGAAUUGUAGUCCAAGAGCCAUUUCAGGAACUCCAGAUGAAACCGCGAAGAGGCUAAAGGCGCCAUUUCUUCCGGCGCAUGCGCACACCACAAAAGGCGGCAGCAUGGAGGAUCCAUCUGUUCAACCCGGCAAGAGAAAACGCGAGGAGGAAGAAAAGAAGGAGGAAUCCGACUUGGUUCCUGGACCAGGAGGAGAUAAAGAGGCCGUUGGGAACGGAACCACUGCCUCCACCCGUUUUCCUUUCUCUGGCUUCCGAUUGCAGAAAGUGCUCAAAGAGUCCUCGCGGGAUAAAAUCAUUUUCCUCCAUGGGAAGGUAAAUGAGACUUCUGGGGAUGGAGAAGGGGAUGAUGCAGUUGUCAUUCUGGAGAAGACUCCCUUUCAAGUGGACCAGGUGGCUCAGCUCCUGUUGGGGAGUCCUGAACUCCAGUUGCAAUUCUCCAAUGACAUCUACAGCACCUAUAAUCUGUUCCCACCAAGGCUGCUGAGCGAUAUAAAGACAACAGUGGUUUACCCUGCCACAGAGAAGCACUUGAAAAAGUACUUACGUCAGGACCUCCAUCUGGUUCGGGAGACUGGGGAUGAUUACAAGAACAUCACUCUACCCUAUCUGGACUCACAGAGCCUCAGCAUCCAGUGGGUAUAUAAUAUUCUGGAGAAGAAGGCUGAAGCUGACAGAAUUGUAUUUGAAAACCCAGAUCCUUCAGAUGGCUUUGUUCUCAUUCCUGACCUCAAGUGGAAUCAAAAGCAAUUGGAUGACCUCUACCUAAUUGCCAUCUGCCAUCGCCGGGGAAUCAAGUCCCUACGAGAGCUCACUGGGGAACAUUUACCUCUACUUAGGAACAUCUUGCGAGAGGGGCAGGAGGCCAUCCAGCAGCAGUACCAAGUGAAGGAGGACCGUCUUCGGGUUUAUCUGCACUAUCAGCCCUCCUAUUAUCACCUGCACGUGCACUUCACUGCCUUGGGCUUCGAGGCACCUGGCUCAGGUGUGGAGCGGGCACACCUGCUGGCUGAUGUGAUUGAGAAUCUAGAAUGUGACCCACACUAUUAUCAGCAGCGUGCCCUUACAUUUGCCCUGAGGGCUGAUGAUCCCCUACUUAAGCUUUUUCAGGAGGCCAAGAAGAGCUGAGGACCCACAUAGAGGGGUUCUCAUGUGGGGAGAUAAAAGGAAUUUUUAUUACUGUUGGAUUUUUAAAACAUCUUUUUGUACUGGUUUGUUGUCUGUACUAAUGAAUAAAGUAUCUGGUUCACUAGA